AUGGAUAUCUAUACGCGUCUGGAAAACCAAGGUUCACCGGGCAGUUACCAUUGCAAUUGAUUUACUAGAUUCGUGCUGAAAAUUGUUACUUUGCAAAAAGAAAGACACUUGCAUUUGAUAAAAACAACAACAUUUUGCAAAGUGAUAUAUUAACAGAACAGUUUUAAGGAAGUGUAUGUAAUCGUCAGUACAGCAUCACGCCGCCUAGGCCAAAGUCUGCAAAAUGGAGGUAGCAGAUCCAAGAAUCGACUACGUAUCCGAAUACGUGCUCAAGACGUUUAAAUUGAAGCCGGACAAAUGGUCAAAGUUAAUAAACAACGAAGAAAACAGACAAAUGCUGCUGGAGUUUUUUGAUAAGCAGGAUAACCCACAGUUGAUAAUAUCUAUGAACAGUGCAGGUGCUUUGAUACCAACUUAUGAGUUCCAAGCUAGUAGCAAAAAUAAAUCAGUCUAUUUCCUUAAACGUGAUAAACGAGAGCCUAUUGGGAAGGACAACUUCAAAACAGCUCUUGUUUACGGGGAUCUUUCUCCUGCACCCUUAGAACAACUAUCUGCACUCGUAGAUGAGAUUUUGGUACCAUUGCUAUCUAAUAGCAGAAAUCAUGAAAGCUGGCCAGCAGUUGUUUCUCAAGAUAUUAUGAGACAUGUCCAUCAGUUGAAAAACAAUGUUUUUGUGAUAUCUGGACAAGUCAAGGGAAGGACACUGUUGCCGUUGCCUGUUGGAGCAGAAAAAGCUGCAAAUAUCGAAAAUAUCCAAAAAAGUGAUGAGGUUGUAGACAGAGCUUUACUUCAUGCUGUUGAGUCAGUUAUCAUUGACUGGGCCCAUCAGAUACAGACAGUUCUGAAAAGAGAUUCGGCUCAACCACUUUUGGAAGGAUUGAAUCCCAUCCCUUUUGUUGAGAUUGACUUCUGGAAUGCUCGAGCAACAAAUCUUGAAUGCAUAUUUCAGCAGCUGCGAGACAAAAAAGUGAGAAAAAUGGCACUGCUUCUUGAAAAAUCACAAAGUAGUUACUUUCCAGCAUUCAAAAAAAUGUUCAAAGAUGUUGUAUCUGCCCUAGAUGAAGCUUAUGACAUAAGCACUCAUUUGAAGCCACUGAGAAAACACUUUGAAGAUUUUGAGCAACUAGAUUUCCCUGAGAUCAAAGUCCUCAUGGCACCACUCUUUCAUGUCAUUGGCCUGCUAUGGAGCAACUCAAAAUAUUAUCGCCAUCCUGGAAGAAUAAUUGUUCUCUUGCAAGAGAUUGGAAACUUUCUCAUUGAACUGGCAAGGACAUACUUGGAUCCAUUUGAGAUAUUCAAAAACGAGCCAGAAGAAGCGAUGGAGAAAAUCAAAUGUUGCCUUGGUGUUCUUUGUGAAUAUAAAGCACAGUUUGAGAACACUCGAAACUCAAUUGAUAAAUUUUUCAAGAAUGAUGAGCCUGUGAAAAAGUGGGAGUUUUCAAAUGAUUUGGUCUUCACAAGGUUUGAUCAGUUUAUCAAAAGGGUUGAACUGGUUGAGGACCUGUUCGAGACAUCUCUAGAAUUCAGUAAGCUAGAAAAAGUUGAGAUUGGUGGUGUCAAAGGAAAGGCAUUGAGUCAUGAUGUCGUGCAAGUGUUUGAUGAAUUCACAGAGGCCGUUGCUGUGUUUUCAAAUAGGACCUAUGAUACACUGAACCCACUUGAAAAGGCUUUCGUUGAAGAUUAUGUUGAAUUCAAAUUGAAAAUCAACGAUCUGGACAGAAGACUGGCUGCAAUCAUUUGUCAAGCCUUCGACGAUUGCUCUGGUGUGGAAUCAGCUUUCAAGAUGGUAGAUAUUUUUGGCUCCUUGCUUGAGAGACCUCUUAUCCACGAGGACUUCAAAUCAAGAUAUCCUUGCUUGCUGCGAAUGAUUGAAGUAGACCUUGAUGAGGUCAAGAAAAUUUUUGAUGAGCACACAGGUGUUGAAGAUGAAAAAAGCUCAGGCCCUGUCAACAAGAACAUGCCAUCGGUUGCAGGUGCUUUGCGAUGGGCACAAGAACUACGUAAUCGCCUUAAAGCUCCACUCUUCAAUUUGAAGUUAUCCUUCAGCCAAAGCUCGUUGGGUUCGGAAGAGGCCAAAGUCAUCUUCACUAAGUAUGAUGAGAUGAACAACUUGCUGUCAAGGUAUGAAGAUAAGAUAUACAGUCAAUGGACUGGCGGAGUCAGCAAUGUUUCUCAAGCGAACUUGGAUAAACCACUCAUAUCAAGGGAUCCUAAUACACAGCUGAUAUCUGUUAAUUUUGAUCCUCAGCUUGUUGCAAUUCUAAGAGAGGUUAAAUACUUGGAAACUACCGACAGCGAAUCGAUGGAAUCAAUACCCGACAGUGCAAAAACUGUUUAUUCGCGCAACGAGGAGUUCCACAAAUACUGCGCCAAUUUGGAUCUAACUGUCGCCUGGUAUAACCAAAUAAGAGAGACAAUAAUCGAAGUCGAAUAUCCGUUAAUCGACAAUCAGUUGAAAGAGAUCGACCAACAGCUAGAGCAAGCAGAGAAAAGCUUGACAUGGAACUCGUCAGGAGUUUGGGAAUACAUUGAGAAAACCAGAGACAUGGUAUAUGAUUUGGAGAAGCGCGUGAGACAGGCUAAAAACAACGUUGAAUCUAUGAACAAUCUCAUGAACAAGUGGACAGAGACCCCAUUGUAUGAAAGAAAAGAUGGGAAGAAAGAACUCUUGCUUAAUCUUGAGGAGAGAGAUCAGUAUCAAAAGCGAAGAUACGACCUCAUUAAAGAUGCAGGCGAAAAGAUUCAUUCUUUGGUGGCUGAUAACGUGUCAUGUUUCAAAAGCAGCGAAGAAUCUGAACAUUGGAAGGCGUACGUUGAGUAUUUGGAUGACAUGGUGGUUGAGGGCUUCUUCCACUGCAUAAGCUGCAGUUUGAACUACCUCCUUGACAACACUGACUCAAAGAAUCAAGUAUGCCCACUGUUUGAGGCGAGACUUGAGCUUCAAGCCCCAGAUAUGGUGUUCGUUCCAUCCCUUGACUACAAUGUGCAAAACGGCUUUUAUGACCUAAUCGACGGGAUUAUCGUGGAUGUAUAUCAGCAAUCUUCGCUUGUUAUGAGACUUGCAGCUCAUAAUGGCCAUGAACACUACCAGCCUGAUAUGGAAGAAAUGUACGAGCUGUCUGAUAUAAAGCAAGAGCUGAUGGAGAGAGUCAGUAGCAUUAUGAACAAAGUCAAUGAAUACAGAAACUCGUUCAGCACAUACGAAUACUUGUGGGUGGAUGACAGGCAGGAAUUUAUGAGACAGUUUUUGCUUUACAAUCACGUCUUGACUGCUGAGGAAAUUGAAAUGCAUGCUGAUGAGGGUGUCCCAGAAAACCCACCUACACUGGAGCAAUUCAAGGAACAGAUCGAUACGUACGAGAAAAUCUACUCCGAAGUUGAAGAUAUCGAUGGGCUGAAGAUUUUCGACGACUGGUUUAGAGUUGAUGCCAAGCCUUUUAAGCAAGCACUGCUGAAUAUAGUGAAAAGAUGGAGCUUUAUGUUCAAGCAACACUUGAUCGAUCAUGUGACGAACAGCUUAAACGACCUUGCUGAAUUCAUCAAAGUUACUGAUGUUGGCUUGACCAAAGAGGUUGAAGAAGGUGAUUACAAUGGAUUAGUUGACGUCAUGGGACAUUUAAUGGCAGUAAAAGACCGAACUAGCACAACUGAUGCCAUGUUCGAACCGCUCAAGCACACGAUUGAACUGCUGAAAAGCUAUGACCAAGAAAUGUCAGAAGACACCCAUGCACUUUUGCAAGAAUUGCCAGAGAAAUGGAACAACACGAAAAAGAUAGCAGUCACAGUCAAACAACAAGUUGCCCCACUGCAAGCAACAGAGGUUUCUAUAAUCCGUCGAAAAUGCGCCAGCUUUGAUGUAAGGCAGCACGAAUUUAGAGAAGAAUUCCGCAAGACAGCUCCGUUUAUGUUCAGUUCUGAAAAUCCAUACUCCAACAUCGACAAGUGGAACUCAGAGAUACGUAAGAUGGAAAAAGAAAUGGGCGAAAUCGCGGAAUCAGCAAGUUUGUUUGAGGUGAACAUGCCAGAAUACAAGCAGCUGAAGGCGUGCAGAAAAGAGGUGUGCAUGCUUAAGGCACUUUGGGAUAUGAUCUAUCUUGUGGUUGGAAGCAUCGAUGAUUGGAAGAAGACCCUUUGGAAGGAUAUCAAUGUCGAGACUAUGGAGAUGGAGUGCAAGAAAUUCGUCAAGGACAUCAGAUCACUCGACAAGGAGAUGCGAGCUUGGGAUGCAUUCACAGGACUUGAUUCAACUGUGAAGAACAUGGUCACGUCUUUAAGAGCAGUGGGAGAACUGCAGAACCCUGCCAUUAGAGAGAGGCAUUGGGAACAACUUAUGGUUGCCACCAAGGUAACUUUCUUGAUGAACGAAGAAACAUCGCUGGCAGACCUGCUAGCCCUUAAUCUGCACGAAUUUGAAGACGAUGUAAGGAACAUUGUUGACAAAGCAACCAAGGAACUUGGAAUGGAAAAGGUUCUCAACGAAUUGAAUGUCACUUGGUCGACAAUGGAAUUUGAGUAUGAGCCACAUCUUGGCACAAAAACACCGAUGGUCAAAGCAAAUGAGGAGUUGAUUGAGACACUUGAAGACAACCAGGUCCAACUGCAAAACCUGAUCACAUCAAAAUACAUUGCACAUUUCCUCGAAGAGGUUUCUUCUUGGCAAAAGAAAUUAUCAACUGCUGACUCAGUCAUUGGAAUCUGGCUUGAAGUGCAAAGAACUUGGUCACAUUUGGAAAGUAUUUUUAUCGGAUCAGAAGACAUUCGCAACCAAUUGCCCGAGGAUUCUGCAAGAUUCGAUGGAAUCGACUCUGAUUUCAAGGCCCUGAUGGGUGAAGCCGAAAAGACACCAAAUGUCGUAGUUUGCUGCAGCAAGCCUGGUCUUUAUGAAGAAUUAGAAGACAUACAAAAGAGACUGGCAUUGUGUGAGAAAGCAUUGGCCGAGUAUUUGGAAACAAAGCGGCUCGCAUUUCCACGUUUCUAUUUCGUGUCUGCAGCAGAUCUGCUUGAUAUCCUUUCCAAAGGAAACCAACCAGUUGAGGUAUGCCGUCAUAUGGCAAAACUCUUUGACAAUGUGGCAAAUUUGAAAUUCACCGACGGAGAAGAUGGAACGCCAACAAAGGAAGCAAUUGGAAUGUUCAGUAAGGAAGGAGAGUAUGUGGCUUUUGAUCAGGCGUGUGAUUGCAAUGGUCAGGUUGAGGUCUGGCUAAACAGAGUUCUUGAUACAAUGCGAAGCACUAUCAGACACGAGCUGUCCGAAGCAGUUGUUUCGUAUGAAGAGAAACCAAGGGACCAAUGGCUAUUUGACUUUCCUGCCCAGGUUGCACUGUGCGGAACACAAAUUUGGUGGACAACAGAAGUCAACAUUGCCUUCAAUCGACUUGAAGAGGGGUACGAGAGUGCUCUAAAGGAAUACAAUAGAAAACAGAUUCUGCAACUAACAGCUCUCAUCAACAUGCUGAUUGGUGAUCUUUCGAAAGGAGACCGACAAAAAAUCAUGACCAUCUGCACAAUUGAUGUGCAUGCCCGUGAUGUGGUUGCUAAACUAAUAUCGCAGAAGGUUGAGAAUGCUCAGGCGUUUUUGUGGCUGAGCCAGCUCAGACAUCGGUGGGAUGACAACCAGGCUGAGUGUUUUGCCAAUAUAUGUGAUGCCCAGUUCAAGUAUUCAUACGAGUACUUGGGGAAUACACCUCGCCUUGUCAUCACUCCUUUGACUGACAGAUGCUACAUAACACUCACACAGUCGCUUCACUUGACAAUGAGUGGAGCUCCGGCAGGACCAGCUGGUACUGGCAAAACAGAGACAACAAAGGAUCUUGGGAGAGCCUUGGGAAUUAUGGUAUACGUCUUCAACUGCUCUGAACAGAUGGAUUACAAGAGUUGUGGAAACAUCUACAAAGGAUUAGCGCAAACAGGAGCGUGGGGUUGUUUUGAUGAAUUUAACAGAAUAUCAAUUGAAGUGCUGUCUGUGAUAGCCGUACAGGUCAAGUCAGUACAAGAUGCUAUACGCGACAAGAAAAGCAGGUUCAUUUUCCAGGGUGUUGAAAUCUCCAUCAUUCCAACUGUUGGAAUUUUCAUCACGAUGAACCCGGGUUAUGCUGGAAGAACCGAGCUACCAGAGAACCUGAAGUCUUUGUUCAGGCCUUGUGCAAUGGUUGUUCCAGACUUUGAGCUCAUUUGCGAAAUUAUGUUGGUCGCUGAAGGUUUCGUUGAAGCUAGGCUUCUCGCUCGAAAGUUCAUCACUCUCUAUACCCUGUGCAAGGAGCUCUUGUCGAAACAGGAUCAUUACGAUUGGGGUCUGCGUGCUAUAAAAUCUGUUCUUGUUGUUGCUGGCUCACUUAAAAGAAGUGACAGAAACCGCCCGGAGGAGCAAGUCUUGAUGCGAGCACUUCGUGACUUCAACAUUCCAAAAAUUGUCACUGAUGAUUUACCUGUUUUCAUGGGUUUGAUCGGCGACCUCUUCCCUGCAAUGGAUGUGCCAAGAAAACGUGAUCUUGACUUCGAAGCAACUGUCAAGAAGUCUGCUUUAGAUUUGAAACUCCAGCCGGAGGAUAGUUUUGUUUUGAAAGUCGUUCAAUUGCAAGAGUUGCUUGAAGUGAGGCAUUCUGUCUUUGUUAUUGGAGCACCUGGCACAGGCAAGACACAAGUUAUCAAGACAUUGAACAAGGCUUAUUUCAACAUGAAGAAGAAGCCCUACUUGCAUGACAUCAACCCCAAAGCAGUAACCAAUGAUGAGCUAUUUGGGUUUAUCAAUCCAUCUACAAGAGAGUGGAGAGACGGACUGUUUUCAAAUAUUAUGCGUGAUCUUGCUAACAUUAACAACGAUAAUCCAAAGUGGAUUGUUCUUGAUGGAGACAUUGAUCCGAUGUGGAUCGAAUCUUUGAACACUGUUAUGGAUGAUAACAAGGUGCUCACUCUUGCAAGCAAUGAGCGUGUGCCUCUCACCCCAUCAAUGAGGCUUUUGUUUGAAAUUGGACAUUUGAAGACAGCUACUCCAGCCACUGUAUCUCGAGCAGGAAUUCUUUUCCUCAACUAUGCUGAUGUUGGAUGGAAUCCAUACGUACAAAGUUGGAUCGAUACAAGAGAAGUGCAAUCAGAGAAAGCCAACCUGCAAAUUCUUUUUGAUAAAUACGUGCCUGCAUGCCUGGACACACUACGUGUACGCUUCAAGAAAAUCACGCCCAUUGCAGACAUAAGCAUGGUGCAAACACUGUGCUAUUUGCUUGAGUGCCUCCUCACUCCACAGAACACGCCACCUGACUGUAACAAAGAGCUCUAUGAGCUCUACUUUGUUUUUGCUGCCGUGUGGGCUUUUGGCGGAAGCAUGUUCCAGGACCAGCUUGUAGAUUACCGAACAGAAUUUUCAAAAUGGUGGGUAACUGAAUUCAAAACGAUCAAAUUCCCAUCCGCUGGUACUGUUUUUGAUUACGCCAUUGACAGUGAGACUCACAAAUUUGCUCCGUGGACAGAGAGGGUUCCUAAAUUCGAACAUGAUCCAGAAAUGCCUCUUCAGGCUGUAUUAGUGCAUACGUCAGAGACCGUUCGCGUUCGCUACUUCAUCGACUUGUUGAUGGAGACCCGAAGACCUGUAAUGUUAGUUGGCAAUGCUGGUGUUGGCAAAACGGUUCUCGUCGGAGACAAGUUUGCUUCUCUUGAUCCAGAUGUCAUGAUGGUGGCAAAUGUACCAUUCAACUAUUACACCACCUCAGCCAUGUUGCAAUCUGUUCUUGAGAAACCACUUGAAAAGAAAGCUGGUCGAAAUUACGGACCACCCGGAACAAAGCGACUUAUCUACUUCAUUGAUGAUAUGAACAUGCCAGAGGUGGACACUUAUGGAACAGUACAGCCACAUACCCUGAUUCGUCAGCAUUUAGACUACAGCCACUGGUAUGAUCGUCACAAAUUGUCUUUGAGAGACGUGCACAACUGUCAGUAUGUGUCCUGCAUGAAUCCCACAGCUGGAAGUUUUACAAUCAAUCCUCGUUUGCAGCGCCACUUCUGUGUGUUUGCACUGAGUUUUCCUGGUGUCGAUGCUCUUAAGACCAUUUAUCAAAGCAUUCUCACUGGACAUUUGGCAUCUCAAAGCAUCGCUGGAUCUGUUGUUAAGACUGCUGAAAGACUUACCGAAGCUGCAAUUGCAUUGAACUCAAAGAUUACAAGUUCCUUCCUGCCAACAGCUAUUAAGUUCCAUUACAUUUUCAACCUGCGAGACCUUUCAAACAUCUUCCAAGGGCUGCUGUUCUCAACUCCCGAUUCGCUGAAGUCUCCAAUGGAUCUGGUGAGACUCUGGAAUCAUGAAUGCAACCGUGUCUAUAAGGACAAGCUCCUUGAUGAAAAAGAUAUGGAGCACUUUGAUAAAAUUCAGCUGGACUUCAACAGAAAGUUCUUCGAGGAUAUUGAAGAAGAGGCAUUGAAUGCCAAACCUUUGUUGUACUCUCAUUUCUCAUCCGGCGUCGGUGAACCAAAAUACCUCUCUUGUCCGUCCUGGGAAAACCUCAACAAGAUAUUGACCGAAGCCCUUGAUAGUUACAAUGAAGUCAAUGCAGCAAUGAAUCUAGUUCUCUUCGAAGAUGCUAUGGCUCAUGUAUGUCGCAUAAAUCGUAUAUUGGAAUCACCCAGAGGAAAUGCACUGUUAGUCGGUGUUGGAGGAAGUGGUAAACAAAGCUUGGCAAGGCUUGCUGCUUACAUUAGUGCGCUAGAAGUCUUCCAGAUCACCUUGAGAAAGGGAUAUGGAGUUGCAGAUUUGAAGCUUGAUUUGGCAAUGCUUUCUACGAAAGCUGGACUGAAAAACAUUGGAACAGUUUUCUUGCUUACUGAUGCCCAAGUGCCGGAUGAGCAGUUCCUGGUCUUGAUUAACGAUCUUCUGGCAUCUGGCGAGAUUCCAGGGUUGUUCCCAGACGAUGAGGUUGAAAAUAUUAUUGCUAGCUUGCGAAACGAAGUGAAGGGAGCUGGAUUACAGGAUACCAGGGAAAAUUGUUGGAAGUUCUUUAUUGAGAGAGUCAGAAGACAACUUAAGGUUGUUCUCUGUUUCUCUCCUGUUGGAAGCACCUUGCGCGUUAGAAGUCGUAAAUUCCCUGCAAUUACUAACUGCACGGCCAUCGACUGGUUCCAUGAAUGGCCAGAAGAAGCUCUUGUGUCAGUAAGCAAGCGAUUUUUGCAGGAAACAGAACAAGUGCCUUUGGACCAAAAGCAAUCUGUUGCUCAGUUUAUGGCCUUUGUUCAUACCAGUGUCAAUGAUAUGAGCCAGCUUUAUUUGAUGAACGAACGAAGAUACAACUAUACAACACCCAAAAGUUUUCUUGAACAGAUCAAGUUAUAUCAAAAUCUUGUGAAACGCAAAAGCAAAGAGCUCCAGCAGAGUAUGGAACGUCUGGAAAAUGGUUUAACCAAACUGCAGAGUACUGCAUCUCAAGUUGAUGACUUAAAGGCCAAGCUAGCCGCACAGGAAGUCGAGCUGCAGCAGAAGAACGAGGAUGCAGACAAGCUUAUUCAGAAAGUAGGAAUAGAAACAGAGAAAGUGAGCAAAGAGAAGGAAUUUGCAGAUAACGAGGAGAAGAAGGUUGCUGUUAUUGCGAAGGACGUUUCGGAAAAACAAAAGUCUUGUGAAGAUGAUCUGGCUAAAGCAGAACCUGCCCUCAUCGCUGCACAAGAGGCUUUGAACACGUUGAAUAAAAAUAAUUUGACUGAGCUGAAGUCUUUUGGUGCCCCUCCAGCUGCGGUUGUUAACGUUACCUCAGCUGUCAUGUGCCUGUUAGCCCAGCCGAAUAAAAUACCCAAAGAUAAAAGCUGGAAAGCUGCUAAAGUCAUGAUGAACAAGGUUGACGCUUUCCUGGAACAGCUUCUUAACUACGAUAAGGAAAAUAUCCACGAGUCAAACCUCAAAGCAGUGCAAGUGUACGUGGACAACCCAGAGUUUGACUCUGAUCUUGUGAAAAGCAAGUCCCUUGCAGCUGGAGGUCUUUGCGCAUGGACAAUUAACGUUAUCAGGUUCUUUCACGUGUACUGUGAUGUUGAGCCUAAGCGUAUUUCUCUUGCACAAGCAAAUGCCGAGCUUGCUGCUGCUGAAGACAAACUAUCAAAGAUCAAGGCAAAAAUAAAGGAAUUAGACGACAGUUUAGCAGAGUUAACAGCCUCAUUUGAGAGAGCCACUGCAGAAAAGCUAAGAUGUCAGGAAGAGGCUGACACAACAACAAAAACGAUCAACCUUGCAAACAGGCUAGUUGGUGGUCUGGCAUCCGAAAACGUUCGUUGGGCAGAAUCGGUUGAGAAGUUCAAGGAGCAGGCAAAGACGCUUCCAGGAGACGUGUUGCUAACAUCAGCAUUUAUAUCAUAUGUCGGUAGCUUCUCUAAAAGAUAUCGAGAGGACUUGCUGCAACAGAAAUGGCUACCUUAUCUGACCAGUCUCAAGGUUCCUAUACCAAUCACAGAAAAUUUAGAUGUCCUUAGUCUGCUGACUGACAAUGCUACUGUUGCGCAGUGGAACAACGAAAAUCUGCCAAGUGACCGAAUGUCAACUGAAAACGCGACAAUCCUCGUCAAUGCAGAAAGAUGGCCGCUGAUGAUUGAUCCGCAACUCCAAGGAAUCAAGUGGAUCAAAACAAAGGAGGGAGAAGAUCUUAAUGUUGUCAAACUAGGAGCCAAAGGGUACCUUGACCAAAUUGAACGUGCUGUGAGUAACGGUGACUGUGUUUUGAUUGAGAACAUCGGAGAAUCUCUUGAUCCUGUCCUGGACCCGAUUAUUGGUCGUAACACAAUCAAGAAAGGAAGAUGCAUCAAGAUUGGUGAUAAAGAAGUCGAGUACCACCCGAAUUUCAGACUGAUCUUGCAGACCAAACUUGCAAAUCCACAUUACAAACCUGAGAUGCAAGCACAAACUACAUUGAUCAACUUUACUGUCACUCGUGAGGGUCUUGAGGACCAACUGCUUGCCAAUGUCGUUGCAAAAGAGAGACCAGAUCUAGAGGAAACCAAGGCCCAACUUACCCAGCAACAAAACCAGUUCACGAUCACCUUGAAGGAGCUCGAGGAUUCCUUGUUGUCACGUCUUUCAGCCGCAGGAGGAAAUUUCUUAGGAGACUACGCGCUGGUGGAGAACCUUGAAACUACUAAGAGAACGGCUGCUGAGAUCGAGGUUAAAGCAAAAGAGGCAAAACUAACAGAAGUGAAAAUCAAUGAAGCCAGAGAAGCCUACAGACCAGCUGCGGCCCGAGCCUCGCUUCUAUACUUUAUUUUGAACGACUUGAAUAAAAUCAAUCCAAUCUACCAGUUCUCGCUCAAGGCUUUUAGCGUCGUAUUUGAGAAGGCCAUUGAAAAGGCCGAGCCUGCCACAGAAGUUGUACAGCGUGUAUCAAAUCUGAUCGACUGCGUAACCUUCUCAGUUUUCAUCUACACAACGCGAGGGUUGUUCGAGAAAGACAAACUCAUCUUCACUGCACAAGUUGCAUUCCAGAUCUUGCUAAUGAAAAAGGAAAUCAACCCUGUCGAACUAGAGUUUUUGCUGCGUUUCCCUGUUGUGAUGAACCACUCCAGUCCAGUUGAUUUCUUAUCAAACUUAUGCUGGGGAGGCAUCAAGGCUUUAAGCGCAAUGGAAGAAUUCAGAAAUCUUGAUCGAGAUAUUGAAGGUUCUGCCAAACGAUGGAAAAAGUUUGUUGAGAGUGAAUGCCCUGAAAAGGAGAAGUUCCCUCAGGAAUGGAAAAACAAGUCUUCGCUUCAGAAGCUGUGCAUGCUUCGUGCUCUUAGGCCAGACCGUAUGACUUAUGCAGUGAAAAACUUCGUGGAAGAAAAGCUCGGUACCAAGUAUGUUGAAGGACGUUCAAUUGAAUUUGCCAAAUCGUUUGAGGAGAGCGGUCCUGGAACACCCAUCUUCUUUAUUCUAUCGCCUGGAGUAGACCUUAAGGAUGUCGAGGCCCUUGGCAAAAAGCUUGGCUUUACCACAGAUAACAAGAACCUUCAUAAUGUGUCGCUUGGACAGGGGCAAGAGAUCGUUGCAGAACAAGCACUAGAACUUGCAGCUCACGAGGGUCACUGGGUGGUCUUACAGAACAUCCAUCUUGUCAAAAAAUGGCUGCCCACUCUUGACAAAAAGCUCGAGACAUACACGCUUGGAAGUAACGAGAACUAUCGCGUGUUCAUGUCUGCAGAGCCAGCUCCCACUCCGGCCGGACACAUCAUCCCACAAGGCAUCCUCGAGAUUUCGAUUAAAAUUACGAACGAACCUCCAACCGGCAUGCACGCAAAUCUGCACAAAUCGCUGGAUAAUUUCAGUCAGGAAACCCUUGAGAUGUGUUCUCGUGAAAACGAGUUCAAGAGCAUCUUGUUUGCCCUCUGCUACUUCCAUGCUGUUGUUGCUGAGCGACGCAAAUUUGGCCCACAAGGAUGGAACAGAGGCUAUCCGUUCAACACUGGAGAUCUUACCAUCAGUGUCAAUGUCCUUUACAAUUAUCUUGAAGCCAACUCUAAGGUGCCAUGGACUGAUCUCCGGUAUCUGUUUGGAGAAAUCAUGUAUGGUGGGCACAUCACAGAUGACUGGGACCGUAGACUAUGCAAGACAUAUCUGGAAGAGUACAUGAAGCCGGAAAUGUUGGAUGGUGAACUUAAUCUCUGUCCUGGUUUCCCAAUUCCUCCAAAUAUGGAUUAUAAAGGGUAUCAUCAAUACAUUGACGACGCUCUUCCACCUGAGAGCCCAUAUUUGUAUGGGUUGCAUCCAAACGCAGAGAUCGGUUUCCUCACAGCAACAUCAGAAAAUCUUUUCAAGACAAUUCUUGAGCUGCAGCCAAGAGAUUCCGGUGGAAUGGGCAGUGGUGGUCAGACUCGGGAGGAGAAGGUGAAGCAAGUUCUGGACGAAUUUCUGGAAAAAUUACCAGAAGAAUUCAACAUGGCAGAAUUGAUGGCCAAAGCAGAAGACAGAACCCCAUACACCGUGGUCGCUUUGCAAGAAUGUGAUCGAAUGAAUUCAUUGACUAAUGAAAUGAAGAUUUCUUUGAAAGAACUUGAUCUUGGAUUGAAGGGUGAAUUGACAAUAAGCACAGCAAUGGAAGACUUGUCCAACGCACUGUUCUUGGAUCAGGUUCCAGAGUCCUGGACUCGACUGGCUUACCCAUCAAUGCAAGGCCUCGCAGCGUGGUUUGUUGAUUUGCUCCAGCGAAUCAAAGAGCUCGAGCAAUGGACAUCUGAUUUCAACCUUCCCAAUGUUGUUUGGCUGGCUGGACUCUUCAACCCACAGUCAUUUUUAACAGCUAUCGAACAGUCAAUGGCGAGAAAGAACGAAUGGCCACUAGAUCGGAUGACGUUGCAAGUUGACGUCACCAAGAAGCAAAAGGAAGACUUCAAUGGACCUCCACGAGAAGGGGCCUAUAUUCACGGGCUGUUUAUGGAAGGUGCUAGAUGGGAUACGCAGACAGGCAUGAUUGCCGAAUCCAGAUUGAAAGAACUGACACCCGCCAUGCCAGUCAUGGCAAUACGAGCUAUACCCGUUGACAAACAAGACUUCAGAAAUGUCUACGAAUGCCCAGUUUAUAAGACGCGCCAGCGUGGUCCAACUUAUGUGUGGAACUUUUUCUUGAAGACAAAAGAGAAUCCAGCAAGAUGGACCUUGGCUGGUGUUGCUCUACUGCUCAGUGUGUAGAUUUGUGACGUUUACUCUGUGUUGCGAUUUAUGACAGUGUCUGCCAUACUCGCGUAUGUGUGUGUAUUUGUUUGUUUGUUUGUGUGUGGAUGUUGUUGAACGUUGCUCCUAAUUAUGUGUUUGUUUAGUCUUAAUGUAGAGUUAUAUUUUCGAAAUAUUUUCUUAGGUUAUAUUUGACUUGCUGAUAUUUGCAACAGUUGUAUAGACGUGUUGCUCUUUGAGUUUACCUAAAAUUUCUAAAAUCAUAAUUCAGAAGAUCAAACAUUUAAACAAACAGUUAACUGUUAUUGAUUGUUUUAUUGAUUCAUUGAUGCCUUUAUUGAUUUAGUGUUGGUCGGACAAGCCAAUAAAAACUUGAUACAUAGCCUUGGGGAAGAAACUUCAGGGUUUCAGUUUAUUUAAACUCUAUAAGCUCACAAAGUUGCAUCAAGAAUUUUCGCAGUUAUCUAUGAUACGAUACGUAAAGUUUAGUGUAACAAAUAUAAAGAAGAUUGCUUGGAGGUUAGUGUUGCAAAUAUCACUUGUAAAUCUUUUAAAUAAGUUUAUUACAUGGUUAGUUGAAUGUAAAUAUUGUUUUUAAAUGAAAUUGCUGUACUUGAAAAUCUUUGCUCUGUUAUUUUUUGUGGCUUCUAAAAACGUUUUUUCACAAGAUACUGGGUUUUAACGACCACCGACGAAGAAUCUCCAUAUCCCGAAUGGCUUGGUUAUGUUAGAAAUACGAGCAAGCUAGAAAUACACCUCAGCGAUUCUACUUUUUAUAAUUUAGGGUAUGUUUGAAAUCCAGCGUUAUGUGAAAGGGCAGAAGGGAGACAUGUUGUUGGUGUUCCAAGAUUUUAUGCAGGCAUUGUAUUUCUCAUCCAAGUAUGAUAAGAUAAGUGAAAUUUGCAGAAGUGAAAUUUUAUGACGACCAAACUAUCCUCAGGAGAUUUUAUUGCGCGCUCAUUUUGUAUACAACCCUUUUGGGAAAGUGAUAAACAUACCACACGAGGCAUUAUAUGCAUGCAUAGACCUUUAGGGAAUCGCGUAAGCUUGAUAUUUACACGUGGUCGAAUGUACAGAAACCGACUGAAUAGGACUGGCCUGGCCACUUUAGUUUAAGAUUCACUCAACAUAAUUCUUCUGCCUAGGUGCCUUCGGCAUUUACUAAAAUGGCUGGAGAAAGAACGAUUUUGAUUUCAAAAUGAAUUGUGUAGAAGCGCAUUGCAUCAAGUGUCUGCAUGCUGCAAAUGCGAUGUCUGUGAAAGGUAAGAACUCUGUACUAAUCAUUUACCUCUUGGUGUUGCUUUCAAAUUAUUUUAUGUAGCGAAGACUGCUUUCGGUGUCUAGAAAUAUUUAUA